UAAAAGCAAGCAAAGCCGCCAUAUUUUAGUUAUCUUGAAGCAAUCCACGGGCUUCUUGGAGUUGUGAUCAACGGCGUUACUUCUCUUGUUUGGUUGUCUUCAUCAUCUUCACGAGUAGGAAUGGCAAAGAGCUACUUCAAACAAGAGCAUGAUCUUGAGAAGAGAAGAGCUGAAGCAGCUAGGAUUAGGGAGAAAUACCCAGACCGGAUCCCGGUAAUUGUGGAGAAGGCUGAAAGAAGUGACAUCCCAAGUAUUGACAAGAAGAAGUACCUUGUCCCUGCUGACCUCACCGUUGGACAGUUUGUGUACGUUAUUCGCAAAAGGAUUAAAUUAAGUGCAGAAAAGGCAAUAUUUAUUUUUGUGGACAACGUACUUCCUCCUACAGGAGCAAUUAUGUCUGCCAUAUAUGAUGAGAAGAAGGAUGAAGAUGGAUUUCUGUAUGUUACAUACAGUGGCGAGAACACCUUUGGGGAUCUCACUUCCCACAUUCAGGAGCCAUUAUAAAUUUACACUGUAUGAUCCGUUCUCAUUGGUUUGUCUCAUAAAUUCGGAAUAUUACUAAUAUUAAUAACCUGACUCUCAAUGAUAUGUACAGUUAUAUAUAAAUUCCGAGAACCUCAUUAAUGUUAAAAGUUGCCUCAU